AUGAAGAAGGAAUUGAAAGCUUUGGAGAUUGAAAACAACACUCUUCAGGCCGAGCUGAAAACCAAGAGAACGGACUUAAGGAGACUAAGAGUAAACGAGCAUUACAACGAAAGAGAACUGCGAAAUUUGAAACGUGAUUUGAGGAGAAAGGAGCAAAGUUUGGACAAUACCCUGGCUGAGAAACAGGAGCUGUUGGAUAAUAUUGAUUAUUUAGAGGGAAGCCUGGGGUCUAGUCAGGCAGCCAAUGAACAGUCGAACAAGCAAGUUGAUGAGCUAAAGGUAAAAGAGUUUAAUGAGCUGAAAGACGAAAAGUCUAAGAUUAUUGACCAACGUGAAGAUCAGCUAGCCCAGAAUGAGAAUAUAAACGCCAGUAUCGUCUCAGAGAAGAACAAAGAGAUAAGCGAACUCAAAAAACAAAAUCUGACGGAUGCUAUCCAACUUCGGGAUCACCUUACUACGUUAAUGAAGGAAAACACCAGAAUCAUUUUACAGAAUGCUGAAAUGAUGAAUGAACUUGGAGAAAAAUCGCGAGUUAUUGAGCAACUCGAGGAUCAGCUGGCAAAGUUGAAGCAUGAAAAUGCCAAAAUCAUCUCAGAGAGUAAUAAAGAGAUGACGGAACUAAACUACGAAAAGUCCAGGGCCAUUGAAGAACUUGUGGAGCAACUUGCUAAGCUGAUGAGAGAAAAUUCCUCUUUGGCCAUUGAACUUUCUAACAUGGCAUACAAGAAUAAGAAGUUGACAGAACUCCAAGAGCAGGUAGAAAGCUUGAGGAAACACAAAAAGCUGAUUCUAUCUCAACUUGACUUGGUGGAUCACAAUUUAAGCUACACAGAUGUUGAGAUCGAGAAAUUAAUGAAAGAUUUAGACCGCGGGAUGUUUGAAAAAGAUGUUCUCUGGAUGGCCUUGGGAUUCUCGUUGAAAAAUUGUGCUACUAACGAGAAAGUACACGCUAGGGAAACAAGAAACCUCAAAAAUCAACCAGAGGAAAUGACAUUUCUUCUGAACAAAACCAAUUCUUGGUCCAACGUUAGUGGAAGAAAAAAUCAAGUUCGUGUAUGUCGCGAAAAGUUUUUGUUAUGUAAAUAUUUAUAUGCCUUCUAUCAAAGUUAA